UCUUUGGAGACGGAGAUGGGGGCGUUGAGGAGGAGGGUGAGCGCGGAGGAGCUGCGGGAGGUGAUCCUCCGGAGCUGCGGCGUCGGCGGGGGAUGCAGCGGGAGGAAGGCGGGGCCAGGUGGCGUCCGGCGGAGAAAAGGCGGGGACGGAACGGGGUGGGAGGAGGGGCGGGUGGUGUGCGUCACUGGGGGCGUUUCCUUCGUCGGGUCCGCCAUCGUCCGUCGCCUCCUCGCUCGCGGCUACGCCGUUCGCCUCCUCGUCGACACCCAAGAGGACUUGGAGAAGCUGAGGGAGAAGGAGAUGUUUCAGGGCGGCGGGGUGUGGGCGGCGGCGGUGGCCAACGUGAUGGAUCUUGACAGCUUGUGCCGGGCCUUCGACGGCUGCACCGCCGUGUUCCACUCUUCGAGCUCGGUGGAUCCUCGUGGCAUAUCUGGCUACUCGAAGCACAUGGUUGACGUCGAAGUGCGAGCAACUGAGAGAGUGAUCGAAGCCUGCGUUAGGACUGAAUCGGUCAGGAAGUGCGUCUUUACCUCGUCUCUGUUAGCUUGCGUGUGGCGACAGCGUGAUCCUUGCCAUGCUCGUCGUGCCACCAUCGUCGACGACAACUGCUGGAGUGAUGAGACCAUCUGCCGGGACAGAAAGUUGUGGUUUGCGCUGGGGAAGACGAUGGCAGAGAAGGCAGCCUGGAGAGUGGCCCGAGGAAGGGACUUGAAUCUGGUGACCGUGUGCCCAGCUCUGGUCACUGGGCCUGGAUUUCAACACCUCAACCCAACUGGAUCCAUCGCCUACCUCAAAGGAGCUCAAUACAUGUUUGCAGAAGGACUGCUUGCCACGGUCGACGUGGAACAAUUAGCCGAUGCUCACGUAUCGAUCUACGAGGCAAUGAACAGGAAUGCUUGUGGGCGGUACAUUUGCUACGAUCAUGUCAUCCAAACCGGCGAAGAGGCAGCUGAAUUGGAGCGGCAGCUGCGUCUUCCUAACAGAGUACGUGGAGCGACUCGCGAAGUCGAUCCGACCUCGUUCGAGCUCUCCAACCGGAAGCUUCUCGAGCUAAUGAAUUCGAGGAGGAGGUGCACGUAUGAUGUCUACUCCUACUUUCCAUGAGCACGCAGAGCUGCAUAUUUUGGUGCUGGCUGCUUGCUGCAAACCCGAGCCACGUUGAAGUAUGGAUAUGCCCUGAGAACAGAGCCGAUGAAGAUGAGGAAAACAGAUCUCUGUACAUAAAAUAGUUUAUAUAAGAAGCUGUGGAAGAGUUGGCACAGCUUGAAGGACAAGAUUUGCAUGUGGAACAGCUCUUCAGGUGAUCGACAACUGUGCAUGCGUACAGGGCACCAUUUCAUGGAGUUGGUGAUGCAUCUACUGGUGUAAAAGAAAAACAAAAUUUUCUUCUUGAUCAGCAAGUUUUGGAUAUUAAAUCAUAAUAUUCCUUUCAAGCA